CUCCCUUCGACGAUUUUAACACGACAACGACAACGACAACUCUUCGACUGUAUCUCCUCUGUCAAUCGCCGCCAGUUCAAUAUGUCGGCUCCUCAGAGUGUGCAGUGCUUCGGCAAGAAAAAGACUGCCACGGCGGUCGCCCAUUGCAAGAAAGGAAAGGGCCUCAUUAAGGUCAAUGGCCGCCCUCUCUCCCUCGUGCAACCCGAGAUCCUCCGCUUCAAGGUCUACGAACCUGUCCUCAUCGUUGGUUUGGAUAAGUUCGCCGAUGUCGACAUCCGUGUCCGAGUCACCGGUGGUGGUCACACUUCCCAGAUCUACGCCAUCCGACAGGCAAUCGCCAAGUCAAUCGUCGCCUACUACCAGAAAUACGUCGAUGAAUACACCAAGAACCAACUGAAGCAAGCCCUUGUUCAGUACGACCGCACACUGCUCGUUGCCGACAACAGACGGUGCGAACCCAAGAAAUUCGGCGGUCCAGGUGCCAGAGCCAGAUACCAGAAAUCCUACCGUUAAGCGAAACGACACGAGUGCGGUGGUUUGCGGUGUUUGGCUGGUCAUGAUCAUUGCCCCAGGUUGAAUGCGUUGCGGAUUUGAUCUAAGGACAGCAAGCCGCACUGAUGGCGGUCGGCUCGUAAUUGCAUUGGUGUGGAUUCGGGCAUUCGUCAGGGAAGCCGAGGAUGAGACCAUUCUCGGUCACCAGGUAUCAGUGCGAUGCCAUUAGCAGAUCCUGCAAGAAGAUCAAUAAACUGCGUUCUUACGAGAGCGAAAAGAAUAAAUGCACUGUUCAAAAAUCAAAUCCUUUCCAGGUUCACAC